AACAAAAAGUGAAAAGAGGUGGAGACUAACAAGAAGCUGAUCAAAGCAGUAAUGCAGAGGUAUAUAGAGGCAGGAAAUCCACGAAAGGUCUCCAUCAGUAGAUGAAUUCAACAUUCAAGAAACAUGAGAAUGAGGGUUUUGCUUAUCGUCACCACUCUUGUGGCUCUGACCAGUGCAGCCAGCGUCUCUCUGGAAGACCUGGAGUUCAAUGCCUGGAAAUUGAAGUUUGGUAAGAUCUAUAAGUCUGUAGAGGAGGAGUCUCAGCGUAAGAUGACUUGGCUGGAAAAUCGCAAAGUGGUCCUGGUACACAACAUGCUGGCCGACCAGGGCAUUAAGAGCUACAGACUUGGCAUGACCAAAUUUGCAGACAUGGAUAACCAGGAAUACAGAGAAUCUGUGUUAAAAGGCUGUCUGAGGUCCUUCAACGCGACCAAGAGACACAGUGCAGCUACAUUCUUCCGAAAGGCAGGCGGAGCUGCUCUUCCAGAUACUGUGGACUGGAGGGAAAUGGGCUAUGUGACUGAGGUUAAGGACCAGGGAUAUUGUGGCUCUUGUUGGGCCUUCAGUGCGACAGGGUCACUGGAAGGUCAGACAUUUAGGAAGACGAGGAAUCUGGUGUCUCUGAGUGAGCAGCAAUUGGUGGACUGCUCAUAUGAAAACUUUGGUUGCGAUGGAGGCUGGGUGGAUAAAGCCUUUGAAUACAUUAUCUACAACAGUGGAAUUGACAUAGAAGAGUACUACCCUUAUGAGGCCAGAGAUGGGUCCUGCAGGUUUAAUCCAGCCACUGUGGGAGCUGCCUGCACUGGCUAUGAAUAUAUAAGAAGUGGAGAUGAGUAUGAUCUACAGGAAGCUGUGGCCACCAUCGGACCCAUUUCUGUUGCCAUAGACGCAAGUCAGAGUUCCUUCCAGCUCUAUGACUCUGGUAUCUAUUAUGAGCCAAUGUGUAGCAGCACUCAGCUGGAUCAUGCUGUCCUGGUUGUUGGUUAUGGCACAGUCGACCAGAUAUGGCAAAGACAAGACUACUGGCUGGUCAAGAACAGCUGGGGUCUUGGCUGGGGUGAAAAUGGCUAUAUCCGGAUGUCAAGGAACAAUUUUAACCAGUGUGGCAUUGCGACAGAUGCCAUGUACCCUCUGGUUUAAAGGUGGGUGGAAUACAUCUCCAUGGUUAACUCAAUCUGCAGCAACUACAUGACUUGAUUAUAAACACGUGAUACACAUAUGUGGCAAUGCUCACAGUCUGUGCGAAAAAAAAACCAAUAGAAAAGUCUAUCAUUUACUUUUGUGAACUUGAAUGGUGCUAAUAUAUUGAUUCAGAAAGACAUUAACUGGAACUGUGUUGAUGUCUAUUGAGUUUGGCAUUUUUAAUUCAGCUUUCCUUUCUAUGAUCACUUUUGAUUACUUUCUAAAUAAUCUCAUGAUUUCUUGAAUAUUCUUUGAUAAGCAGUCUAUGGCAUUUGAUGGCAUGAUAGGUUAUGCAUAAUAAAACCCUUGACUUUAGUAAUUUUUUUUGCUUAAAUAAAAGAAAGCUCUUGCAUACUGUCUUACUCUUAAGUGGAUUUAACAUGAAUUCACAUGCAGUUAUAUCACUUUUAUUGUUAGAGCAGAUUUAGUAAAAGUUAUUGUGUCACUUACAGCCAAAAUUGUCCUUAACCUGUAACACAUUUGGUUUUAUACCUGUCCAUGUAUCAAAUCUGUUAUUCAAGUCAUUAAAUGUAGUUUAAGCUUCAUA